CACACAGCCACCUGGAGAGUGAAAAAAGCAGCGUUAAGGAGUGAGACAGCAAAUUAUUGGAUGAGAGAGAGGGAAUCGGAAGCCAGGAAAGAACCACGAGCCGGGAUUCAAAUUCGGGUCGCCGGAAGUGCUGCUGCACAACAUUUAGGCGCACAGUCCACUGGACCACUUGGCGCCGACAAGUUUGUUUUCAGUUACUGCAUAAAUCAUCAUGCCUCGAGGCAGAGCCAACAGUGCACUCUCUGACAGCAAUGACAUGGACUUUGAUCGGAUUGCUGAGACAGAGUUGGCAAAGCUGCAGAGACAGUAUCGUAUGAUGGAGUCUGAUCAUCAGGCCCACAAAAUGCAGUCGGAACAUAUUAUCCGCAAGCAGAGGGAGGAGAUUUCGAAGCUGCGUGAGGAACAGGAGGAGCUGCUGCGCAGUCUGCGUGUGUCCGAGUGUCAGGCACGCAGACAGAGCGACAGUCAAGACACUCAGAGUCUGAGGACAUUGCUGGAGCGGAGUGACGUGCUGGACGAGCAACUGGAGAGCGAGAGACAGACUCAAUCACAGCUGAAGCAGGAGAUCAUGAAUAUGGAGAAAAGGCUGCAAGAACUGAGGAGAGGAGAGGUCUCGGAGCCACGUCUCACGUCUCAGAGCCGUCACGCUCAGAAAGCCUCUCGCACCCUCGAGAACAAACUGAACCUGGCUCUUGUGCGCUUUAAUGAGCUGAUGACCAAGAACAGCCAGCUCAGAGAAGAUAUCGAAACCCUUCGCAUGGAACGUGUCCGAUUUCAGCAGCUGCAUCGCAAACUGGAGAAGAAACUGCAGGAUAUUCGUAAGGAGAUAAGAACAGCUUAUGAUGUAAGAGCGGAGGCUCAGGCUGAAAUGAGCAUGAUGAAGGAGAUGUCCGGGAAGGAUCUCGUACAGUACUUGUCUGAGACGAAGGAGCUGGAAAGAGUCAUCGCUCACGAAAGGCGACUCAAAGAGUUCAUGAAUGUCAAAUGUCAUGAGCGAACCACAUUAGAAGAUGAUCGCAGAACUGAGAUGAAGGAGCAGAGGAAAACUGAUACAGGUGAAGAGACACCGGAUACUCUGGAGGAGGUUUUCCAGAAGAUUCAGGAAAUGACUGGAGAGAACGAUCUGGAGAUGUUGGUUACAAACUUCAUUCAAGUUGAGGACAGAAAAUUUGCUCUCUUCAACUAUGUGAAUGAUCAAAACACGAAGGCUGAGAUACUUAGAGAACAAAUAUACAAGAUUCGGGAAGAGAUGGAGCAGUUCCGCUUAGAGGGUGUCAAGCGGGAACAGGAAUAUAAAUUGGCUUUAGAGCAGGUGAAGGAUCAACAGAUUGAGUGCGAGACACAAGCUCAACAGUAUGAAGCCCAGGCGGAUGAUAUAAGCAAGACCCUCGGUCAGAUUAAAGCAGGGGUGGAGUGUGUGUUUAGUAAAACUGACUGUGACCGAACUCUGGUGGAAGAUACGGUGGGUUCCUCCACUGGGAUCAGAGACAGUAACAUCAUGAGUUACCUCGCUCUGCUGGAGCAGAAAGCCACCGAACUGCUCGCUAUGCAAGCUUUCAUAAACUCUAAGGACCUGGAAAAGAAUUACGACCCGGAGAUGACGGCUCAGUUCCUUCUGGGUCAGAACCCAGGGAUAGAGAGACAGGUGGCUGUCGUUCAGCCUUCCAUUAACAGGGACAAUAGUGAGGUUGAGGAUUCUUCACUCACAGAUGAGGAGGAUCGACCUUUGAGUCAGGGAGAGCUCCUCCAGCACAUCAGGAGACAUGUCUCGCACAAAAAGGAUUCAGUGCUUAUAGGACGUGGAGAUGCUAAAACCCCCAAAAUCAGCACAAUGUCUAGCAGCAGACAGCGCUCCCUCUAAUAUUAAAAAACAUCCAGCUUUUUUUAAGUUAAACAUAUUUUUUUAGUUCUCAUACAUGUCUGUAUAUGAGUUAAAUUUGGGAUUGAGUGAAGGUCAAACGCAUUCAGAUGUUUAGCCUCACAGUAACAGAAGGGGGCAGCAUGAAGCCAUGCUAGAUGAUGCUAGAUUUCCCACAAGACUUUUGGAUGUUAAAUAUGUCUGGCCAUAUAAACAAAACGUAUUUCCUUGUCUUUUAGUUCUUCAUUUGGUUUAAUACUCAGUCAAGUCGUCACUAGCUAUUAUUUCAUGUUCCUAUUUAAGGUAGAUCUGCAUUCAAGUGACAGAAAUAAAAGUUUGACAUGA